AUGGACAUCCUCCAUACGCACCUCCCGCCCGCGACGCGCCCGCGCCCCCUUCGAGGCCACCCGCCGUACGUCUGGACGAUCCCCACGCCGACCUACUUUCGCUUCCUCCGCUACUACAUCAACCGGUUCGCCCUCGGCUUCGAGCUCGUCUACGCCCGCGCGCUCCCCUACGCGACCACGUGGGAGCAGACUAAGAUCAUGGCUAUGUUCCUACGCUAUCUUCGCUUCGCCCUCGGCGGCCUCGAAUUCCACCGGGACAUCACCGACCUCGUGACCUUUAGUAACUCGACCCUGCGCGACCUGUACGUCCGCCGCGGUGGUGCCGUCCGUAACUUCUUCGACUACGAGCGGCGACUCGACCUCGCCCUCCGUCUCCUCGAGGAACACGUCGACUACUUUCGGAUCGACACCCUCUAUACGGUCGAGUACGACAUCCUCCCCGACUACGUCGAGGAGGCCCUACAGAGCCCGGGCCCCUUCUACUACGAAUACUUUCGCCGCAUUAUAUCGACUAAGCGCAUCCACACCGUCACCGGUAAUAAGUCCGACUUUAAGGACCCCCGGCGACUCAAGCCCUACCGCACCCUCUACCGCCGCGCGUAUACGCGACUCUCCUACGCCCCCUUCGCCGCGAACCAUCACCGCCGGUACUUCACGCGCACGUACAUCCGGUACCUCUUUAAGUGGCACUGGCUCCUACCCUACCCUCACCGACACGGACUGACCUAG